AUGUCUGGUCUCUUCGGCGGUACCACUGCGGCAGCGAGCAACGCAGCCACUGCUACUCAAGGCUCCAUCACAAACGAUAUUCCUAUCAACAACCCGCCAGAGGAUAGCAUCCAAGACUUGAGCUGGUCACCUCAGUCAAACCACCUCUCGGUUGCAUCAUGGGACAACAAAGUCCGCAUUUAUGAGAUCAACGGCGAGGGUCAGAGCGCAGGAAAAGCCCUCAUCGAUCUCGGUGCUCCCGCUCUGAGCACUUGCUGGUCAAAGGAUGGAACGAAAGUCUUCGCUGCAGGCGCAAACAAGCAGGUUUCGAUGCUCGAUCUCGGAUCAGGCAGCACCACUCCUCAAGUCGUCGCUGCUCACGACGCCCCCAUCAAGUGCGUGGAGAGCAUUACAGUGAACAACUCCCCCAUGAUCGUCACCGGCUCAUGGGAUAAGACCAUCAAGUACUGGGAUCUCCGCCAACAAACCCCUGCCGCUUCUGUACAAUGCAAAGAGCGUGUCUACGCCAUGGAUACCCGCGACCAGCUUCUUGUUGUCGCUACUGCCGAUCGCUGGGUCGAAAUCUUCAACCUGAACCAGCCCAGUCAACCCUACAAGCAAAUCCAGAGCCCUCUCAAAUGGCAGACCAGAACCAUCAGUUGCUUCGCCGAUGCCACUGGCUUUGCUAUUGGCUCUAUUGAAGGCAGAUGUGCUAUACAAUAUGUCGAGGAAAAGGACGCAAGCUCGAACUUCUCCUUCAAGUGCCACCGUCAGAACGCACCCAACACUCGCGAUCAGUCCAACGUUUACUCGGUCAACUCCAUCUCCUUCCACCCUGUCCACGGAACCUUCAGUACUGCCGGUAGUGACGGCACCUUCCACUUCUGGGAUAAGGACGCCAAACACAGGCUGAAGGGAUACCCCGAGGUCGGCGGUAGUAUCAGCUGUACCGACUUCUCCCACGAUGGCAACAUCUUCGCCUACGCCGUUUCAUACGACUGGCAUCAAGGUUACUCAGGAAACAACCCCCAGUACCCCAACAAGGUCAUGCUGCAUCCUGUUAUUGGAGAUGAGUGCAAGCCCAGACCUAACUCCAAGAAGCGAUGA